AUGAAUAACCAAGUUCGUGGUGAGGUCGUUGGUGACGCUGAUGGUGCUGUUAGUGGCGAAGUUCGUGGUGAAGUCGUUGGUCACGCUGAUGGUGCUGUUAGUGGCGAAGUUCGUGGUGAAGUCGUUGGUGACGCUGAUGGUGCUGUUAGUGGCGAAGUUCGUGGUGCCGUCGACGGUGGUGUUGCUGGUGUCAGUUCAGCGCGCGAUGAAGUAAUGGAUGCUUACUUUCAAACAUUGAACGAGUUAACACAAGAGAAUCCUUCUUAUAGAGAACAUUGUAGAGGUGAUGAGGAUAAUAUUGGAGACAAUGACAUUGGGUUUGAUGCAGAAGAUGACAAUGUUGGUCACUCUGCAGAUCAUGAUUAUAAUGAUUAUGAGGAAGAUGAUGAAAGCUUGGGGGGUGAACUUGACGGUGAUGAAAGUUAUUCUGAUACUGACAAUGAGUGGGAACAUUUGGAUGAAAGUGGGAACACGGUUGCCAACGAUUUGGAUGAAAAUUCAGAUACCGACAAUGAGUGGACACAUUUGGAUGAAAAUGCAGAGCAAUUAGUCAUAAUUGAUGGUGAGGAGGAUGUUGUAAAGAUUGAUAUGUUUAACUUGCACAAUGAAGACGUUUCUAAGUUGCGAUUUGGUAAUUUGGAAGUUGCAUACAAAUUUUACUGUUGGUUUGCAAAGAUGAACGGUUUUGCUGUUCGCAAAGGGCAAGAUGUUAGAAAUAAAGAUGGAGUUCUUGUUCAAAAAACAUUCGUUUGUAACCUAGAAGGCUACAGGAAAGACCGUCGCGAUUUAACUGAAGUGACGCGCAAGCGUGGUCCGAAACACGAAACCAGGUGUGGUUGCAGUGCAAGACUUCGAGUGCAUAUUGAUAUAAUUUCGGGUCUCUGGUACAUUACUAUUUUCAGUUUUGAGCACAAUCAUUAUAUGUUGACGGAGAAGCACUGUGGGCUAUUGGCAGCACAUAGGAAACUUACAAAAUCAGAUCAGAUUCAAAUUAAGAACUAUGGUCAAGCUGGGAUAAAGGUUGCUCAAAUGAUCGGUGCGUUUGCCAAUGCUGCGGGAGGGUAUGAUAAGGUAGGGUUUUUGAAGAAGGAUUUGCACAAUCAAAUUCAAAGACAAAGAAAAGAAACGUCUUCUGAUGCUAAAGGUGCUGUUAAGUACCUUCUAGGUCUUAGGACUAAAGAUCCAUUGAUGUUCGUUGCACACACGGUCGAUGCUUGUGGUAGGUUGCAAAGCUUAUUUUGGUGUGAUGGAGAAAGCCAAAAGAAUUAUGAGGUUUUUGGUGAUGUGUUGGCAUUCGAUGCUACAUAUAACAAAAAUAAAUACAGGUGCCCGUUUGUUGUAUUUUCCGGUGUCAACCACCAUAAUCAGACAAUUAUCUUUGCCACUGCUGUAGUUUCUAAUGAGGUUGAAGGCACAUAUGUGUGGUUGUUGGAGCAAUUUUUGCUUGCGAUGAAAGGCAAGGCCCCUGUUUCUGUAAUAACAGACGGUGAUGUAGCUAUGAGGAAUGCAAUAAGGAGAGUAUGUCCUAAUAGUUAUCAUAGGUUAUGUGCUUGGCAUCUUCUUCGAAAUGCCAUGUCUAACAUUGGUAACCUAGAGUUCAUUCCAUACUUGAAAAAAUGCAUGCUUGGCGAUAACGAUGUUUGGAAAUUUGAGAAACUGUGGAAUGAAAUGAUAGAUAAGUUUGGGCUUCAAGACAACAGUUGGAUCAAAGAAUUGUACCAGAAAAAGAAGAUGUGGUCAACAGCCCAUAUUAGGGGGCAUUUUUUUGCAGGAAUACGAACGACGUCGCGGUGUGAAGCAUUUCACAGUCACAUGGGUCAGUUUGUCCACUCAAAGAUGAAUAUGACUGAUUUUGUGAAGCAGUUUAAUAGAUGUGUAUGUUAUUUUCGCUUCAGGGAGGUGGAGGCGGAUUUUCAUUCACAAUAUGGAAAUGCUGUCUUGCAGACCCCUCUAAGGUCACUCGAGAGGUCUGCAUCAAAACAAUUCACACAUGAGAUUUUCUGCUUGGUACGUUCUGUACUAAAAAAGGUUUCCCUGAUAUCAUUAUGUGACACUCAAGAGAUGGCAUCCUUUUCAAUUUAUUCUGUGACGAAGUAUCAAGACGAAGGACAUGUUUGCCGUGUAUCUCACAGUCCAUCAAACAAUGAAUUUAAAUGUUCUUGUCUUAGAAUGGAAUCAAUUGGAAUUCCUUGUGAACACAUCGUGGCAAUUAUGGUAUAUCUUGAUACUGUUGAAUUCCCGACUAAUCUUGUGUUGAAUCGAUGGUCUAAAUUUGCAAAGGACUCAAUUCGUGGUAAUGUUAACGAUGGUUCACAUUACUGGGAUUCACAUUUGGUUGCGAGACAUGCCAAUUUGGUGCAUCUUAGCAAGGAAGUUUCCGAUUUGGCUUACAAGGAUGUUGAUGAUUAUAAAAACUAUUUGGAUUAUCUAACCAAUGAAAUCACGAGGCUUAAAUCAAAGUACGUUGGUGAUAACGGUCCUGUGAAUUUAAAUGGUCCGGUCGAAGUUGAUAACAUAUUGAACCCUUCCUGUGCAAGAAGCAAAGGCGGUGGACCCAGUUCCAACAACACUACAGCUGGGAGAAGCAGGCGUCCAGGAACAUGUGGCGGAUGCUCCCAAGUUGGACACAACAUAAGAUCUUGUCCUAACCUGGCUGAAGAUGGAGAAUUUCCUGCAGCCAGUUCUGUUCAAUCAAUGUCUGUACGGUUAAGCGGUAACAAUUACGAAGGCUACGUCAACACCAGAUAG